CCCAUUGAAUGCUGCCCUCUAGUGGUAAAAGUUGGUGAUUUACAAUAUGGCAGCGCCCAUGUCAACCUUGGCAAUGUAAUAAAGUGGGUUGGGCCAAUGAAAUAAUCAUAUUGAAGUAUUAAUAGUUAAAAUAAUACUUGAUUUGGUAUUUACAAAAAUGGAAGUUGAGGCGUUUUACAAGCGUCUACCUAAAAUCGAGUUGCAUGCACACAUCAAUGGUUCCAUAAGUACGGAAUCCAUUGAGGAACUACUGGCAAAGAAUCAGGAGAAAGGGAGGCCGCAGCCAGACAUUGAAGCACUACGGCAAUGGAAAGCUAAAGUGGAGAAUGGAGAACAAAUGACACUGGAUGGGUACCGAGAAAAAAAUAUUAAAAUUUGCUUUGACAUGUUCAAGUUGAUCCACCAGCUGGUUGACAAUAGUGAAGCAGUUGCCAUAGUAACCCGCAACGUCAUCCGGGAGUUUGCUGAGGACGGCGUCAAGUUUCUUGAGUUGCGGAGCACACCACGAGAUGUGCCAGAAACUGGAAUGACAAAGAGGAGUUACAUCGAAGCAGUAUUGUCUUCAAUAAAGCAGUGCAAAGAGGAAGGCUCAGACAUCACAGUCAGAUUUCUGUUGACGAUUGACCGGGGUCGCGACCUGCAGACUGCCCAUGAGACCGUCCAGCUUGCCAGAGAGUACCAGGCCACUAGCGAUGGAGUUGUAGUCGGCAUCGACUUCAGCGGUGAUCCUAAUAAGAAUGAUGCAAGGCAGUACAUACCUGUGUUGCAGGAGGCAAGGAAGAGCGGUCUUAAACUAGCAAUACACGUAGCAGAGAUUCCGAAUGUAGCUGAAAACUUGUCGUUAGUUCAGCUGCCACCCGAUAGAAUCGGCCACGGUACUUUCCUUCAGCCGGAGGUCGGCGGAUCAGAAGAGCUCGUGGAAACGGUCGGCAAACUCCGAACGCCAAUAGAGCUUUGUCUGACGUCCAAUUUGGUUGGCCAAACAGUGAAAUCCUUUGACAUUCAUCACUUCAAGUACUGGUACGAGCGAGGCCACCCGUGUGUCAUAUGUACUGAUGACAAAGGCAUAUUUGCCACAAGCCUGUCCCAGGAGUACCAGAUUGCAGCAUCCACCUUCAACCUGACCCGGGAACAGAUGUGGGAGCUUUCCUUCGGCAGUAUAGCGUGCAUAUUUGCCGACGACGAGACAAAAGACCGACUAAGAAACCUGUGGGCCCAGGAAAGGUCCAAAUUACAGUCUUCAUAAACAAAACUGGUAUAGGUUCCGAUUCGUAUGACGUCAAAGUACCACGUGAGCAUCCGGUUUACCUGUGAACGGUCAACAUUUGCAGUAGGCAUUUGGUUCGACAGUAGGGCUUAUUUUCACGUAAAAUAACCGUGGAUUCUUAGUACCUAUUGGCAUAAUUCUCACUACCUGUGCCGUGUACGGUUGUCAUAAUCGUGCCGACCAAGCACUGGGCGUUGCUCCACAUUUUUCACAGUUUUUACCAUCCAUCACAGCUUUAAUGGCUUGCCUACUGCCUCCUGUUCGCAACGCUAUACGAUCUUUGCCUACUACAAUGGCGACGCUGACUUUCCGGUACCCGGAUGUAGGCUAGGUCACGUGGGUCAGUGGAGAGCCCUAUUCAAGUAUUUGUCAAUUACAGUGUCGCAGCAAUAGUAUAGAUCCCCAGAUCUAGUUACUCCAAUAAUAUUGGACGAAAAAAAAUGUACACAAUUUUAUCUCUGUAUUCAAUAUUUUCCAUCAGGGUAAGCAUUUUCCAAUUUGCAAUUCCAAUGUAGUUAGUCCUUUUAAAAAUGUAACUGGCAGUACACGUUUUGCCAAAUUAUCAAUGGAGACUGUCGGCACUGGAGGAAUAUUAUGUGCCGAUCAUAUUCAAUUUAGAGAAUAAGUGUUUUCAAAUUUUUAAUCUGUCGUGUUGCAACAGUUGUAGUCUUAUGGUACGAUGUACGCUCUAGAAAGCAGCUGGUCAUGUUUUCAAAUCCCAACGAUUAAAAUCCAAUCCGAGCCAAUAUGGUGCUCACAAAAUAGUAGUGGUUGGAAUAGUGAAAAUGGCAUCGAAUAAAGUCACUAAAGUCCAUGUGCGACGGAUCAAAUUUGAGGCUUUUGUUCUCGACUCAAGUCAGAGCCCUUGAGCAUACAACUCUUUAUUAAUAUGGACUUUUACUGUUGGUCUGUAAUUAGAGCAGUAUACACCUUUCCUCUGCUAUUGUAUUUAAAUCAACUUGUUCUGUAAAUAACUUAUUUAUUGACAUGUCGCGAAUGGAACUUGGAAAUAUACAUGUACAUGUAUUACGUUGCUAGAAUCUAACAUGUAAGGCAGAUAGAUGAAGGGUUGGAAAGUUGUGAAGAUGGCAUUUGGAUGGUUUGAAUAUGAAACAUAGUUGAUGGUUUGGUUUAUGGGCAUUUUGUGACAAAAAGGUCAAAGGUCAAGGUCAGUACAGUUGGAAAUAAACUCGGGUCUCAAUUUACAAGUAAAUAUACCUGUCACUAUUUCGUUGUCAUAAAGAAUAUGAAUAUCAUUUUCAAACAUCUCAGGUUUUCUUUAAGCAUCAAGACAUGCUGUUUAUGUUAUAAAAUUCAUAUUAUGAAAUAUAUAUAAAUAUGCUAACCCCACCUUCAAGUGUGUGUACCGUGUAGUAUUGUACAUAUCGAUAAGUAAAAGACUUUGUGUUCCUUGCAGAAACUCGCAAUAAAGGCUGAAUUAGUCAAAUUA